GAUAUUUUACUUUGAGAUAUUUUUAUCAUACCCUUAUAAAUGGGAGUAUGAUUUUGCUUAGCGAGAGGAUUUCUAUAUCUUUGCUCCUUCAGUUACCUGUUUUUGACGAGUAGUAAAAGGCGAUUCGGGAAAUUAGGGUUUUAAUCUAAUUUCAGAUGUUAAAAGAACAUUAAAAAUGUCAGUCUCAUCAGCGGAUGGUAUGGCAUCAUUGAGCAGCGAUCUUUGCUAUGAAAUACUAAGGCGUCUCGAUGGUGCUAACCUGGCUAUUGCAGCGUGUACUUGUGCUGCAUUCUCUUCUAUCUCAAAAGAAGAGAGACUGUGGGAAGAUGUAUGCUCUUCCAUGUGGCUUUCGACAAACAGCAACGAUGUGAAAAAUUUGAUCGCUUCAGUUGGUGGAUUUAAAAAGUUUUAUGCUGAUUGUUUCCCCCUCAUAGUAAAUAAGGAUGUUCCCGAAUUUCACUGUUAUGACUAUUAUGAUUAUCCUCAAGAAUGGACUGAAGCUGACUACUAUGGGGAUGAGGAUGAAGUAGAAAAUAUCUCACCAUCAGAUUUCGUGUCGAUUGUGGAUAUCAGAUAUAGAGAGAAAACGAUUUGUUCUAAAGUCAUCUGGGGUAUUCCCUACGCGAAUGGCUCUAGUGGUUGGUUCUACAAUUGUCCUUUUCGUCUGGAUCUACUUGCAAACAAUGCAAGAGAUGACGAGCAAGCAGAUGACGUCGUGCUCUCACUAUCUGAUGGCCAGCCUCGAAGUUGGUCGAUUGAAAGGGAGAGAAAAGAUGGGAAGCUAUGGCAAGAGCUUCGCGAUGGAAUCAGGCUUAGUUGGAUUCUAGUCAACAAAAAAACAAAAAAGGCUGCCAAUCUCUCGAGUUGGAGUCCUACAGGAGGGCAGAGACAUUGGCCUACCGACAAGGAUUUCUUGAUACGAUUCGGUUCGAUUCUCCCUGCAAAAGACAUUCUUCCAUGUCAAGUAGUGGAGUGCAUCCUUAUCAUGAAGUUCAAAGUGGUCGUUGUGGAGGAUGGAGGCUCCCACACCACUCUCAAACUGUCUGAACUAAGCAUGCAGCUUGGAGACAUGGAAGGUUCUCAUGUCAAUGGGAGAAACAGCUUGCUCGUUCUCAAAGAAGCGCUCAACUGCCGUAGGAGCAAGAACUACAGUGAGGCCCUCGAAUCAUGUCACUUGUACUCGAAAGUCCAGAGGGAGCUCAAGGAGAAGAAGAUGAGAUAUGAAAGCAGGUUAGAUACAGUUUGGAUUUUAGGAAGUAUAGUUGCUUGCGCCACAUUUUGUUUAUACUGUUUGUGAAAAUCCCUAUGGCUUGUGUGUUAUGGGGCGCAGUUUUGUUGUGUGCACAUAUUGUUUGUAUCUUCGUCUUCCCUCACCACUAAACGUUGCUUGUAUAGUAAAUUAUCUUCGACCACCUCUACAUAGUUCAAAGAGUUGAUCAAAUGUUUCUACCUUAAUGCCCUUAUGUCAUUAUUAAUCGUUACAUGUACUGUAUUUCUUUA